AUGAAAAGUUUUGCAAACCUUGUAACUAUAUUUUUAUUACAAAGCUUAUCGCUUCCUCUUUACAGUUCAUGUCUUCAUCAAUCUUCUUCAGAUGAUUCAUCAUCACCAUUUCCUUCUGAUUUCCUCUUUGGCACAGCUUCUUCCGCUUAUCAAUAUGAAGGUGCGUACUUAACUGAUGGAAAAGGCCUGAACAACUGGGAUGUCUUUAGCCAUGAAAACCCUGGGAAAAUACUGGAUGAGAGCAAUGGAGAUAUAGCUGCUGAUCAGUAUCAUCGAUUUAUGGAGGAUAUCCAAUUAAUGACUUAUCUUGGAGUCAACAGUUACAGAUUGUCAAUUUCUUGGUCUAGAGUUUUACCUAAAGGAAGAACUGGAGGAAUUAAUUAUUUGGGAAUAAAGCAUUACAACAGUUUGAUCGACGCUCUUAUUAGAAAUGGGAUUAAACCAUUGGUGACGUUGAACCAUUUCGACUAUCCUCAAGAACUCGAGAACCGGUUUAAAAGUUGGUUAAGCCCCGAAAUGCAGAUGGAAUUUGGGUACUUAGCCGAUAUAUGCUUUAAACAUUUUGGAGACCGAGUUAAACAUUGGUUCACAAUAAACGAACCAAACCAACAAAUAAUCUUAAGCUAUAUUAAGGGUAUAUUUCCACCAGCCCGGUGCUCCAUGCCAUACGGUAAUUGUAGUCAAGGGAAUUCAGAAACUGAGCCAUUUAUAGCUGCGCAUAACAUGAUCCUUGCACACGCAAAGGCGGUUCAAAUAUACCGAACCAAAUAUCAGAAAGCACAAAGGGGAAUCAUUGGCAUUGUUGUGCAAACAUCAUGGUUUGAACCUGUAAGCGAUUCCAUUGUGGAUAAAAAAGCUGCAGAGAGAGCAAUAUCAUUUUAUUCGAAUUGGAUUCUAGAUCCCGUUGUAUAUGGGAAAUAUCCGGAAGAAAUGGUGGAUAUACUUGGAGCUGCUUUGCCCCAAUUUUCAAGCAAUGAAAUGAAGAACCUAAAGAAAUCAAAGUCAGAUUUUUUGGGUAUUAACCAUUAUACAAGUUACUUCAUCCAAGACUGUUUGAGCUCUCCUUGUAAUUCUGGAGAGGGAGCUUCUAGAAGUGAAGGAUUUGCCCUCAAAUUAGACCGAAAAGGCAAUGUUUCAAUUGGAGAACUUACAGACGUAAGUUGGCAGCAUAUUCAUCCACAAGGGUUCCGAAAGAUGUUGAAUUACCUAAAAGAUAGGUAUCCCAACAUACCAAUGUUCAUCACCGAAAACGGUUAUGGACAGUUGCAAAAACCCGAGACGACAGUUGAAGAACUUAUGAAUGAUACAAAAAGAAUACAAUACAUGAGUGGAUAUUUGGAUGCUUUGCAAGCAGCGAUGAGGGAUGGAGUAAACGUGAAGGGGUAUUUUGCAUGGUCACUAUUGGAUAAUUUCGAGUGGCUAUAUGGAUACAAGCUUCGAUUUGGGCUAUUCCAUGUAGACUAUACAACUCUCAAAAGGACACCAAAGCAAUCAGUUUCAUGGUACAAGAACUUCAUUGAACAGCACGUGAAUACAGCAGAUCUCAUAGAUAUUUACUAA